AUGACGUUCAGCAGGUCUUCAUGGGAACAAAAAAAUAACUGUGUGCUGCCUGAGGAUGUGAAGAAUUUUUACCUGAUGACCAAUGGCUUCCACAUGACAUGGAGUGUGAAGCUGGAUGCCAGUGAGAACCAGCCAGAGAAGCCUCAUUUUGAUUCUCGCAGCGUGAUAUUUGAGCUGGAUCCUUGCAAUGGGAAUGGGAAGGUUUGCCUUGUCUACAAAAGAGGGAAACCAGCGUUAGCACAAGACACUGAGAUCUGGUUCCUGGACAGAGCAUUAUACUGGCAUUUUCUCACAGACACCUUCACCGCUUAUUAUCGCCUGCUCAUCACGCACCUGGGCCUGCCGCAGUGGCAGUACGCCUUCACCAGCUAUGGCAUUAGCCCGCAGGCCAAGCAGUGGUUCAACAUGUAUAAACCCAUCACCUACAACACAGACCUACUUGCAGAAGAGACCAACUCCUUCGUAAACAAGCUGGAUCCCAGCAAAGUGUUCAAGAGCAAGAACAAGACCUUAAUCCCCAAAAAGAAAGGGCCAGUCCAGCCUGCAGUUCUCACAGGUGCAGCAGCAGAGGAACUAGGAGAGCAGUGGUGCCCUUCACAUCAGUGGGAGUCCUCAGGAGGCUAUAGAAGAGAGAAGGAAGGGGGCUCCGUGAAGGAAAGGAGAGCAAUGAAGAGCCAGGCUGGCCACCUGAGGUGCAGGACCCAGAGCGAAACAAAGAUGUGGGGCCUCAUGUCCAAAAAUUAGGAAAAUAGUACCAUUAAAAGUACUGAAAUGUUCUUUC